CCGCUUCUCUUUCACCAUCACCCUCUCCUCUGAGUCAUUCUACGGUCGACUGCGCCCCAGUCACAGCCAAGGAAUAUAUAAGCAUUACGUUUUCUGACUGUCUGCGUGAAGGACCAUAAUGUCAAUAAAUCCCAACGAAGAUACAGAAUUCAACGAUGCUCUUCGGAAGCAUGGUAUUAUCCCCCCACGAGAGCCUACACCUUCAUCGCCAUCACCUCCACCGUCUCCGACGCUAGAAGAGAUGCUGGAGGAUUACACACCUUCCGAGCUCAAAGAGCUGAGUGAAGAUGCUCCUGACGAUGAGACGGAACGCCUGAUCGCUGCCCAUCGACGACAACGUAUAGCCUUGGAAAGAAAUGCUGAGAAAAAAGCCCGGUUCGGACGGGUGUAUCCCAUCGGACGGGACGACUAUACUCGAGAAGUGACUGAUGCAAGCAAGAUCGAUGAAGAGGAUGAUGACGAAGAGAAGGGUACAGGAGUCGUUUGUUUCUUGUAUAAAGACGGGAUUCCUCGAAGCGAACGUACUUUUGAGCACAUCCGCGCAUUGGCCACACGCUAUCCCCGGACAAAAUUUGUAUCCAUCGUUGGCGAUAAAUGCAUACCGAACCUCCCCGACUCUCGUAUACCUAUGUUGAUCAUAUACCGGAAAGGAGAGAUUCGCAAUCAAGUCAUCGCUUGGGGCUCGGACCGGGAACGACGGUCUGAAGAGCUGGAAGCCAUUUUACUAAUGACUGGCGCCGUCGACCUCCCCGAUGUUCCUCCGACAGAACAACGACGUGGUGACGACGACUCGGACGACGACGAUUCGGAAGACCGCCGUGAUCCUUCCGCUCGGAUGCGUUCUGCUGCCACCUCUACUAACGGAAGAACACAGAAAAAUAUCAGACGUUCAGGAGAUGACGGAGAUGAUUCCGACUUUGAGUUUGACCUGUAAUUCGUAUGUAUUUGACUUGUAUUUCUAGUGAAUUAAGCUGCUUUCACACCAUUCCGUCU